AAAGUAAGGCGGGACUUCCGGCGUUUGAAAAACUUCCGGCGGGAACCGGAAGAUUCCUCAGCAGAACUCUCUUCUCCAGAUUCGCCAAGCCCGAAGAUGCCCUCAUUGCGCAAAAGAGUGAAAAUACAGGCCGAGAAUGCAGAACCCAAAGAUGAAUGCUCUUUCUUCUCUGAGUUGUCAUCUGGCUCUGAAGAAGAUAACAAGGAAGACAGCAUUUGGGAACCUCAGAAGAAAGUUCCCAGAAAUCGUAGACAGCCUGCUUCCAAGGGAUCCAAACGGAAGCAGGGGCCCAGGGCGAAGAAGAGCUCCCAACAGGUGGAUGACGAAUCAAAAGAUGUGGCUGUUAAGGAGGAGUUGAACAGCCCGGUGGCUAUUGUUGAUGCAGAUUUGGAAGAGAAAAGCCACAAGUUGCAGACGACAAAGACUCUUAAAACUGCAGCAAAAAAGCAAAAAAAACCAGUUCCGAGGGCCAAAAAAAGGUUGAAAGUUGAUGAGGAAACCAGCCAGGCCAGCCCCUUGGAGGGUGGAGGCAGUAAUGUGGAGACCCCCUCAACAAGCGCCUGUGGAAAUGUGUGCAAGAAGGAGGAGAGCGAGGACAGCUUCACGUUUGGGCAGUCCCCGGUAAAGAGGAUCAGGACUGAGUCAUGUCCUCAGGGGAGGCCGGCCAGGGUUCCCGACGGUGUCAGCGACAUUAAAGAGGAGGUAGAAAUGAACUGGGACGUAGUACAGGUUUUAUCUGAGAGAACUAAUAUUGAACCUUGGGUUUGUGCCAACAUCAUACGCCUCUUUAAUGAUGACAACACAAUCCCCUUCAUUGUACGCUAUCGAAAAGAGCUCAUUAAUAACCUUGAUGCUGAUUUCUUAAGAGAAGUUCGUCAAACCCUAGAUGAGCUACGGGAUGUUGCCAAGAAGGUUCAUAGUAGAAUCCAGAAAAUUAAGAAGGAGGGGAAAAUGUCGGAGUGCUUGCUGCAAGCCUUGUUGAACUGUAAAACGUUCGAGGAACUAGAGCAUGUGUCUGCUCCAUAUAAAAUGGGGAGCAAGGGCACGAAAGCCCAGAGAGCAAAACAGUUGGGGCUAGAAGGAGCAGCGUGGACCCUGCUGGAGAACCCGGGGCAGCUCAACCUGCUGUCUUACAUCAAGCCUGAUGUUAAAGGCCUUUCUGAGCUCAACGAUAUCGAAACAGGAGUACAACAUAUUUUAGCAGACAUGAUUGCUAAAGACAAAGAUACGCUUGACUUUAUUCGGGGCUUGUGUAAACAUAGAUACAUUUGUAUCCAGUCAUCUCUUGCAAAAGUAUCCUCAAAAAAAGUAAAUGAGAAGGAAGUUGAUAAGUUUCAGCUUUACCAGAAUUUCUCCUGCAACAUAAGGACCAUCCACCAUCACCAGAUUCUGGCCAUUAACCGAGGAGAGAAUUUGAAGAUCCUGACCGUCAAAGUCAACAUUUCUGAUGGAGUAAAGAACGAAUUCUGUCGAUGGUGUAUACAGAACAGGUGGAGGCCACGUGGCUUUGCACGGCCAGAGUUGAUGAAGAUCUUACAUAAUUCACUGGAUGACUCCUUUAAGCGCCUCAUUGUUCCUCUCCUCUGUAGAGAGUUCAGAGCCAAACUGACAUCAGAUGCAGAGAAGCAAUCAGUAAUGAUGUUUGGACAGAACCUCCGCCAGCUCCUUUUAACAAGUCCUGUGCCAGGCCGCACCCUGAUGGGAGUAGAUCCUGGCUACAAACAUGGAUGCAAACUAGCCAUCAUUUCUCCUACUAGUCAGAUCCUUCACACGGAUGUGGUUUACUUGCACUGUGGACAAGGCUUCCGAGAGGCCGAGAAGAUCAAGAGGCUUUUGCUGCAUUUCAACUGCAGAACAGUGGUGAUCGGAAAUGGAACUGCCUGCCGGGAAACUGAAGCCUACUUUGCUGACCUGAUAAUGAAAAAUUACUUUGCACCACUGGAUGUCGUUUACUGCAUCGUCAGUGAAGCAGGGGCCUCCAUCUACAGUGUCAGCCCCGAAGCGAACAAGGAGAUGCCAGGACUGGACCCUAACUUGAGAAGUGCAGUUUCCAUAGCAAGGCGUGUUCAAGAUCCAUUAGCUGAGCUAGUGAAAUUUGACCCGAAGCACAUUGGAGUUGGAAUGUAUCAGUGUUCCAGUUCUUGUCUGAGAAAAUGAGGAGAGCUGAUUUUAAAAACACAUGCCUGUUGUUAUUUCUGGAGAACGAGGCAGCCAGUGUGGUCGACUGACAACAUAUCCCUGAUCGACCCCUAAAGAUGUUGCUGCAAAGUGGCUUGGUGUUGCUCCCAAACAAACAGUCUGAGGUGAAAAAAAGCAGGAUGACGCAGGGCCUGGGUUGGGUGCUGUGGGAUGUGAGGCUGAAGGCUUCACUUGGCCUUGUGGUGCCCUGAGUUUAGGGGAUGGGUGUACUGGUUCUUAUGUCUUAUGGUUCUUAUAUCACGUAGAAAAAACUCAGACACCCUCUUUUCUCAUUUUGUGCCUCUGUUAGAUCAUUUGCUGAUAUUACAGAGUGAGGAGGCAGAACCCUUAGUGGACUGUGUACCCAGACCGUCCUUACUCCUCAAUGCUGGGGAUAGCAGGAGUCACUGUAAAGGGAACCUGGCAGGCAGCAGUUUGCAUUUUCUCCUCUCCUCCUCCAUGGAAUAAAUCCUGCAUAAAAAAAUAAAGUAAAUCAGAACCAAACAGAGGUGAAAGUUCUUCCUGUCAAAGUACUGGGUGGGCAGAACCCUCUGCAACCUGCAAGGGUACAGGAAUGGCUAGGUCAUAAAGGCGAGCCUGCUUAUCUUUUUGUUUAUUGCUUAGAUGGAUCUUUUAAAACACAACACAUUUGAGCUGCUGAGUAAGGAGUCAGUAUAGAGUGAGACUUCUGAGCUGCCCAUAGUUAUCUGGGUGACUUGCUUAGGUCACUACUAUCAUCGUUAGCUUCUUCACUAAGGCAAAUGUGAGACAGAGAACUUUCCAAAUGAGGGGUUAGCCACUGCGCUGACUGGCUUUUGUCUGCUUGACACAAAUCUAGAGCUAUCUCGGAAGAGGAACUUCAACUGAGAAAAUGCCUCAAUCAGACUGGACUGUAGACAAGUUGGUGUUGGAAGGCCCAGCUUACUGAAGCAGGGCCACCAUUGGGCAGGUGGUCCUGGGUUCUAUAAGAAAGCAGACACAGUAAGCCAUGAGGGAAGCCAAUAAACAGCAUUCCUCCAUGGUCUCUGCCUUAGUUCCUUCCUCCAGGUACCUGCCUUGCUUCCCUAAUAAUGGACUGUAACUUCUAAGCCACAUAAACGCUCCCAUUCCCCAGUUGCGUUUGGUUAUGGCCUUUGUCACAGCACCAGAAACCUAACCAACUGGGUAAAUUUCCUGCCAAAAUGAUUCUGCAGUCUCAUCCCUCAACUGAGCAGGACACAGACUGUAUUGAAUCUCUGCUUUCAGAGUUUCCAAAGAGCCUGGAAUUCAGAGGUUUCUUCAUCUAUGACUUAACUGAAUGUAUACAAGUAAUUGACCAUGACAAACACUGUAAACUAAACUCAGAUGUUAGUACUUGUUAAUUAUUACUCAAAUUAUCAGUUUUAAAUGUAUCACCUGAAUAGUUUUCUUACACCUGAUUAUAUUGAGCUUUCUACACUGAAAUAGUAACUUCACUUUUUGUCUGACAACGGAUGCAUGCCCCAUACCCUGGUGUAAAUUGUUGGUGUUAUUUGAAGAGCCUUUUAUAAGUAAUGCAUUGAGUUAAUAGUGACAUAUCUAACUUCUCUGUUAUUUUCCCUUGCAUGUCAUUAGCUUCAGUAGUGAAACAAAAAUUUUAUGUCAUUUUUUACUUUAUAUCUUCUGAUUUUUAUAUAUUAACACUAAAAUCUAUUAUGAGAUAUAGAACUUUAAGAUAUUUUCAGUGUUUAAAAAUGAACAUUAACAUGUUAACAUGAGCACUGAAAAACUUACACAUUACAGUAAAAGGUGACCAUAAAGGGAAAGAUUACACUACGUUUGAAUCUAAAAUGUUCUCUGGGUCAGACCGCAAUUAGGUCACAUACAGGGAGAACACUGGUGAUCCUGCAUAUUCCUCAUAGGGGUGUAGAUCAGCACAGCCUCUUAGAGAGCAGUUAGAAACCAGUAAAGUUGGAGGUAGAGACGCCAACCCAGCAAUUUUUUUGCUACAAGUGCAGAGCCUAGAAAAAUCACCUCAUAUUGAUCCAAAGUGACAGGGACAAGAAGUUUCUGGAGACACUGUUUCUAGCAGUGAAGAUAUACAGAUGUGUGUCCCUUGUCUGGAAAACAGGAAGAAAAAUUAGUGUAAUAUUCUUAUAUUGUUCACUGUUGUGUGCACUGAGAGCUACCUUACAGGAGGUAAUAGAGAAGGGGGAGAGAGAGGUGGAGUGUGUGCACAGGCGCAUAUAGCUGGCAGAAAGCUAGACUGUAACAAACAGCACGGCCACUUUUGUCUAUACAUGUAUAAAGAUAUAAAAACAAACUUGGGUGCCUGAGAUAAUGGCUGCUUUAAGUGAAGCGAGGACAGGGCGAAGUGGGAAUCUGAACAGCUGUCUCUUUUUGAGCUGUAUUCCAAAACAUUUGUUAAAUAUUUUAUACUUUUAAAAAUAUGCAGGAAGUUGGGUCCAAUGCUAAACAUGCCCUAACUUGGGAACAUUGUCUUUCAGUUGGUUUUUAAUUUCUCAUACGUUUUGUGUCUAAAUGUGUGAGAGUAGAGGAUUUUUUCUAAAAUCAGAAAAAAGUAAACAAGAAAAAAUUACUCUUUUAGGUUAUGGUUGUUUUCAAAAUGCUAAGCGGGGUAUUUUUCUUUGAGACCUAAUGUUGUACAGAGUAGUCUUUAGGGCUUGCUUUGAUAAUACCUUGAGGAAAUGUUCACCUCAUAAACACAGUCUUCUGUAAAUUUUAUGACUAAAUAUCAUUUCUUUUGCUUCCUUGGAAACUGUAGAGAUUGUGCCCAGACAGACUGUUGGAGUCUAAUGUUCAUUACAGGACUGCGAAGGCAUCUUCAGACUGGCUGGCAUCUGUGUCUGACUACUCAUCCUGCAGUGUCGCUCUCUCUGACUCCAGAGUGCUCUGAAUUAGAAAUGUUAAGGUUGAGCAAGAAAGCUUUAAAAAGAAAAAUAAUCUGGUUUAGACCACACUCCUCAGAGAUUUUAUUUCGCUUGGUCUGGGUUGGGCCUCACAUGGCAACAGAGCUUUUGUGACGUAUCUGGGCCAUGUGGGAUCCCAGAAGUUGCUCAGUAUUGACAUAGAACGGGUUUAAAGUGCACAUUCUUGUAUCUUUUCAAGGCCCAUAGAAUAAGAAAUUUGGGGGAAGAGCUUUCCAGCCUGUUUUGUCAGCCCAGGUUUAAUAGUCCUGGUCUCUAAUGCUUCUCAUCUUGAAUAUGCUAUAUAGCCCCGUGGAGGUUCUCAAAGUGCACUCUCUACUUCAGUUGGCCUGUGGUGGUCAGUAAGAUUCUGUUUCUAGAAAGCACCCAGAUUAUAGCAAGACAUCCUGCUUCAACCCUCCCAGGGCCCACCAAGCAUCACUGAAUCGGAUUAGGAUUUUCAUAAGACUUCUAGUGUCUGAAAUGUCUAUUAUGGUGUCUGUAAUGUAGCAGAUAUUCAGGGAAUCCUGUCAGGGAAGUCAAGCAUUUGAGGAAGCAAACAUUAUUAUUAUAUGAAAAUCACAAAGAGAAAGUGGAUCAAUAACUUAGGAUAUACCUUUCAUAUUUCAUGUUCAAAAUGGAAAGAGGGAGGGGUUUACAGGAAGAAAUUCUGGUGUAGUGUUGUUGAAAGGGAGACCAGUUGUACAGAAGCAAGGCUUUUUGAUGGUUUUUACCGUAAUGAACCCAUAUGUGAAGGGACAGAUACUGUUAACCUGAUUUAAAAACAUUACACCAUGUGUGUAUGUAUGUAUGUAUGUAUGUAUGUGUGUGUAUGUGCCUGUAUACCUCAUUAAUAUGUACAUUUUAUGUGUUGGCAAAUGCAUUUUCAAACUGUAAGAUUAAUACAGAGGAAAAGCCAAUCAUGACAGUAACAAGAGUGACCUGACUACAUCGACAGAAGGAAAUGAGCGGUGGAUCUGGGAUUCGCUGAAUGAGAAGGGAACAUGGAGAGACAGUCACAGAUCUUAAAGAAGCUCGGAACUAGAAUAUUUUCAAGUAUGAAUUGGAGAAGGGAAAAGUUGGAGAUUGUAGAGGAGCAAGCUGAGCAUGUGAAGGGAUAUUGUGAGCCAGGAAGUGGACAUGAAGAUUUGAGAUGCUCGUGGGUGUGACUGAUAAGAGGGAUUUAGCCCAGGCUUGUACACAUGCUAGGAAAAUAUUCCAACAUUGAGCUGUAUCCACAGCCAUUUACACACAUACACACACACACACACACACACACACAGAGAGAGAGAGAGAGAGAGAGAGAGAGAGAGAUCCUCUUGUAUUACUCUAGUCUUAACAUUUUGAUUCCUAGAAUUUUUAUUUUUUAUGUUCAAUUUACAAAUUAGUUCAGCUCUGGCUGCAGAAGUGCUUAAACCAUUUUCCAUGUGAAUGUUUACUGCCACAGGGGUGUUGGGGGUAGAUUCGGGUGUGGGUAUGGAGGUGCCUCAGCUAUAGCAUUUCAUCCUGAGCAUUGACACUCAUUCCGUUGAAUACUUGCAAUAAACUCCUAAGAUGACAUGCUCUAGUAUUUCAUAAAUAGCCUCCCCACCUUAGUCCUCAUGCCUCAUGUCAGUAACUUAUAUUGGGUAUAUACUUUUUUUUCCAGAGUCUUACUGUUAAGACCUUAGUAAUCUGAAGACGUUUUGUGUUGUUUACGUAUUUUGACUCAUUCACACACUGCAUGCUCUGGAACACUGAUGCAGUUUCUGAUUUUGAGCUUUAUUGUUUUUUUUUUUUUUUUUUUUUUCCCCUACUAGAGACUACAAGCCUUUGGAUUUAGUUCAUAGUAGAGUCUAGCCACGUGAAAGCUUUGUUUACAUGUUCUAAAUGUGAUUUGUCCCAAAGCUGAGGUAGUGAUGUGCUGACUAUAGCUGCAUUCUUGUGGCUCCUUGUCAGAACAAUGCUUUAUGUCCAGUACAUGGAGGCAAUACUAAUUAACCCUUUAAGAAAGUAACUCUUUCUCUACUAAAUCUACUGUUUAUCCAGUAAUCUGAGGUCGUACACAUCUUCAGAAGAUUCUCUGUAACAUUGUUUUCCUAGAGUGAUUUCCAGUUAAAACCAGCAGUUGAAAAUUGUGGGUGUAAAACAGACCCUGAAUGUGUGAGGUCCUGAGUGAACCCAUGCUGUUGACAUGAACAGUGUCAAGGUCUCUCACCUCAGACCCAUAGGACAAUGGAAGGAGACACAGAGAGAAGUGGCAAAAUAUUCCCUUCUGGUCCAUGUGUGGAUGUUGCUAGUGUGUGCAGGAAAUGUCCACCACAGCUUCCCACCCCUACCAGAUGUUUACAGAUUGAAGACUUCUUCCCAACAGGACUGUCCCCACCAAGACUAGACAAACCUGUUUCCUUGAUCUAGUUGUGUGCUGUAACCUGCCUCCCGGUUUGUCUGUAUGUGACAGUCGUUGCUCAUCUAUAUCCAGUAAUCUCAUCUCUUUAUAUGUGUGUGUGUGUGUGUGUGUGUGUGUGUGUGUGUGUGUGUGAAUAAUAAACAUGCUAAGCUUCAAGAUGUGAGGCUUCUCCAUCUAUCUAUUUAUUUAUUUAUUUAUUUAUUCCCAGCUUUUUGUUUCUGUCUGUCUGUCUAUCUGUCUGUCUUUUCUUCAUUUCCUUCAUUGCUCCCAACUGGGACAAAUCCUGGGAGGCCCAGUAAGGGAUCUGUGGAAAAGUUAGAGAAGGUGUGGUUUUCCCUGUUGUUAGCCACUGAGAGUCUGCCUGAGACAGGAAAGAGCUGGCUCCUCUGUUUUCUUUUGUUUUAAAGAAUGACUGAGGAAGAAAGGGUUGCUGCUGUUGGUUGGCAGAACCACAGUCCACACACCUCUCUUACUUCCCUCUUCCUCUAAACUGUGUAUGUGUCUCCAUGGCAUGAUGUUUACCAGGACAGGGGGGAGGAGUGCUGCUGUAGUGUCGGAAAUCAGCAAAUCUAUUUCUAUUAACUUUUACCUAAUACAUUUUUAUCAGAAAUUCCUUCGUUUCAGUGGCAUUCAUUAGAAUAGGGCCUUUCCUUUAGAGCAAAACUAUCAAAAGAAGUUUGUCUGCCCUCCUAAUUGAUCUUUGGUAUAAGCCCUAAGAAAGUUUUUAAUAUGCUAGACCUCAUAUUGGCUGAAUAUGGACAAAUAUUAUAUGGACUAAGGUGCUUUAAGAUUACUCUAAAAAUGUUCAGUUUGAGUAUUUAUAUAGAUAUUCUGUUUUGCUGAGUUUGGAGAUAUACUUAUGUCUGAAAUUACUGGCACAACAUGGAGAAUCUUGGAAGCAGUUUUUAACUUUGGAAAAAAAUCUCUCUGCACUAUAAUAAUAUUCGCAUUGGAGAAAAGGAGUUGAGAGGCUCUUGUGUAGUGGUGUACAUGCCUCACAUGUGGAAUAUCCUGAAUUCAGUUCCCAGCACCAUGAAGGGAUAGUUGAAAACCCUAGUACUAUAAGAUUAUAACUUUGUGCUAGUAAAUUAGUGACUGAGAAAAGAAAGAAAAUGUGUAAAUAUUAAAAGGGCCAUUUUGUACUGGGCAUUUAAAACUGUAUAUUUCUAAUUUAUGGUAUCUAGUACAUUGAGAAAUACUGAACAUAGCUUUAUUUAUAAGUAGAGUGCCAUUCAUUGGUCAUCGUCUUUAGAAGAACCCUGGUAAUUAGAGUGCUCAUGAAAUUCCGUUUUACAUCCAUGGAAAGGAACUAUCAGUAGCACAGUGGCGGCUCACGGUGAUCCAUGCUCCUGGGGGAAGGACUUGGGCAGAGGGGCUGCUGAGCCACGAACCCUGUGUCUGCAAAGCGACUCUAAUGAAAUGUGGUACAGGAGAGCUAGCCAUGCUGAGUUGCAGUGUGAGCGCAUCCUCACAGGAGCAGGCAACACUACCAAAUCUGUCUCUUGCUGUGGACAGUUGCUUUGCAGUAUCUUUCUGGUACUCCUAGAAUACCAGAAUCCAAAUGAGAAGAAAAAAAUUAAAUCAAGACCAGAAGACUGUCCAAGUUUAUGAAAGUUUUCUUUUCCUCUCUACUGUCCUCAGCAUUUAAUACCAUUACCUAGCAAAAAAGUUCAUUUGCUAGGAAUUGUACAGAGUGGUCUCUGAGUCCAUAGGAGGAGAAGCACCUGUUGCCUGACAUUUUGAACAACUGAUUUUAGAAAACAUCUUUAUUUGGGGGUGAGACUGCUACUUGGUUGACAUCUUAGGGUACCAGGAUAAGAUUUUUUUUUAAAUAAGAUCAGGUAUCUAAGUUGUUUGUUGUACAGUUUUACUUUUACAAGUGUAUGCUUUCAAAUGUGUAAUUGAAAGAGAAGUCUCUUCUGAUGUGCCCAGGUUUCAUUAUUUAUUUGGAGUGGAUGGGCCCAGAGUAUGAGUACAGUCAGAUUUUGUUGGAGGGGCAACGACUUUCUGAGACAUGAUGUACACGUGAGUGUUUCUAAGUCUCAGAGGUGUGAUUAUGUCAUAGCAGCAUAACCUCUGGGCUUGCUUUAUUACCUUUAUUAAAACAAAUCUGUAUGGGGUGCUAUGUAUGUCUCGGUGAUGAAGGAAAUGAGGUGGUUAAUUUAUUAUGUGAACAGCACUUUCAACUAACCGCAGCAUGAUUCACUGAGAGUGGCAUAGAAAACCCCAGCUCUGCGGAGUUGCUCCGCUGCUGUUUGAUUUGUGGACCUUAACUUUCAACACCAGAGCAUGAAGUUUAUCUACAAAACAGUUCUCUCCUUUUUUUCCUCUAAUAUUUUUGUCUAAAUUUAAACUUGAAAUUUUCCUUUAUUUUAUUGUGGGCACUUACUGAGUCAAAACGGAACAGUCCUUGCCAAUGACCUCAAGGGGAAGUAGGCCGAGAAUCUAUGUGUGAGGCCAUUAGGAAAGCGAGUAGCAUAUCGUGACAGUUUCCAAACCUCUGGGGUCCCUCAGAAGACCUUCAUGGCUUCAAUACGUAAAGAUAACUGUGUAGAAUCAGACUGGAGUUAGGGGCAAGUCCAGCAUCUGAGGUCUCCUCCUCCUGUUCCGUGUCCUCACACUAAUACUACUAUGGAAAAGUCUCCUGCAAGAGGCUCCCCCCCACCCCCCGGGUGUUUAUUUGUGGCUGGAGGGUGGUUGUGGGAGGAGCUGUGAGCGCCACACCACACAGAGGUGUGUGGACGACAGUGAGGUAGGAGAGGAGCUGGGAGUCUAACGAGCUCACAGUGCAUAUAAAGCUCCUGUUGUAUACUCAUAAACAGCCACUGAAUGGCCGGCCAAGAAGGUUGUUUUCCUUGGAGCUGAGCCAUGUCCAGCAUCAUCUGUGAUGUGAACCUGACUAGAAGGUGAGUGAAAAUAGGUCAUCUUCCCAGGGUGAUUUUUGAAAGACUCUUUCUUUUCAUUUUCUAGAUUUGCCCGGUACCACUCAUUUAUAGACCAAAAGAAAAAAGAAAAAAAGCCAAGCUAGAAAUCAGCCAGGCAUUGUACUAACAAGCUAAUGAGGCAUUUACUAUCUGAGACAGCACCAGUUUCUGUAACGUAAGGCUAGCAGAGAGUGUGGACGGCAAGGGUGCUGGCAUCUGGGGUGGGUGCUGCCCAGGCAUCACAGCCAGGCUGCCCUGUAACAGUGUGCCUGCACAUGUCAGCCUGCUUCAGCUACAGCUGCAGCAGAAACUUCAUCUCAUAAGAAGUUGGGGAGUAGCCAAACUUUGAGCCAUAAUGAUUGGGUCUCUCCAGCUCCCAUGUCUUCUCGCUAGGAGAAGAAAAUCAUUUUGGACCAAUAGGCUUUGGAGAAGACACUUUUGGGCAGUAGGUAACCUAGUAAAAGUGGGCUUCUCAACAGUUUUUGCUACAGUUUAGAAGGCUGAGAUUUAACAUUUAUUUUUGGGAGUUGUUUUUAAAAGUCUAAUAGUUUUACUCCUCUCAGUACCACAACUCAGUGCAGAUCAUCACAGCCACUGCCAAAGCCUGGGUCCUGGAGAAGGGCCGGCCCUGGGGUACCUUGCAAAGCACUCUUCUGCGCUGGUUUCUGAUGGCUCCAAGUAACUCCUGAGGCAUUUGUUCCCGAGUCCCUCCUUCCAGGCCUCCUUACCCAUCCUUUAUGUGGUUUGAAAUAUAUCCAGGCAUCCUUUGACAAGUGAGCCGAUCAUUAUUUGUAGCAUAAAA